AUGUAUGUUCCAGUAUCCUUGUCAACAGAAGUCAAAAAAGAAUUGCAUGUCUUUUCAGAUGCUUCCAAAGAGUCAAUUGCUGCUGUCUCAUAUUUGAAAACUGUACACGAAGAUGGCAGUUCAGAAAUUGGAUUUGUGAUGGGGAAAGCUAAAAUUGCACCCUUGCAUGGGCAUACUAUACCUCGUCUAGAAUUGUGUGCUGCAGUACUUGCAGUAGAACUUAGUGAAGUGGUACUUGAGAACCUUGAUGAAGAAAUUGAUAUAGUGAAAUUUUACACUGACAGUAAAGUAGUUCUUGGCUACAUCCACAACCAAACAAGACGAUUUUAUGUGUAUGUUGAGAAUAGAGUGAACCGUAUUCACAGGUCAACUAAGCCAGAACAAUGGAAUUAUGUUCUACAUCUGUGA